GAAAGGGACGGCACUUCUCUCCAUGAAGAUGUAGCGAUGGGCCUGAGCAAGUUUGAGCAGAAACUCUGCAGCCAUUUCAGUCGAGUUGAGAUCAGGGGGAAGAGGGGAAGAAAGGUUGCGGUUCUUCUCUCUCCUGAUAUGGUCAAUGCCCUGAUGCUGCUGGUCAGCAGGAGAGGUACAUGUGGAGUGCUAGACACUAAUACUUUCUUGUUUGCUCGGCCAAACUGCCAGAGUUACUACAGAGGCCAGGACUCUCUGAGGGUAUAUGCAAGGGAAUGUGGAGCUCAAAAUCCAGAAUUUCUCAGAUCCACUCAUCUUCGCAAGCACGUGGCUACGCUCUCUUCAAAUCCUAAACCUGAAAAACAACGAGUUAGAUCAGGUUGCUGAUUUCUUAGGGCAUGACAUCCGUGUCCACCGUGACUAUUACAGACUGCCAGAAGCCACUACUCAGCUUGCUAAAAUAUCAAAGCUACUGUUAGCCAUGGAAAAGGGCUGCCUUCCUAAUCUUCAAGGCAAAUCACUUGAUGACAUUGAGAUUGAAGAUGAGAUCAACAUGACGGAUUCUGAUGACAGUGAUCCUGAAGAAAGUGAAUCUGAUGAUGAGGCUCUUGCUGGAGCUGCGGGAAACUCCAGUAAUGCUGGUGUUCAGAAGAUGCCCAUUGAGAGCACCACUGAACUUCCUGAAGAGAGUGAGAGUGAGGCAGAAACUGAAAACCCACGGAGAGGGCAGAAAGUGUCCUGGUCAAAUGCUGAAGUUACAGCUUUAAUCAAACAUUUUAAGGGCCACAUAGCUAAAGGAAAACUGGCCACACUGACUGAAUGCCAGCAGUGUAAAACUGCUGAGGAUCCUGUUUUGAUGAGACGCAGUGCACAGAACAUAAGGGAUUUUGUAAGAAAUCGAGGAAUUAGCUUAAAAAGGAAAACCCAAAGCAAGUGAUGUUACAGUACAUUUUGUGUGUUCUUGAUGCCAUUCAGUUGACAUUAGCACUUUGGUUGUUGUUUUUAUUUCCCAUAGUGCAAUACUGUUAUGGCAGCAGUUCAUACGAAUAUCUCCUUGUAGAAAUCGAGGUUGACUGUUAGUUUGUCAAAAAUUACAAAAUUGUGUCAAUUUCUCAUUGAUUUUUGGAUGACCUGUCCCUUAAAGAGUAUUUCACUUCCAGAAUGAAAACUGUCAUCAUGUACUCACCCUCCACUUG